AAAUGGCCACAAUUAAAGAGUUCAUGGCCAGAGUGUCCCAAUCCAAAAGCCACAAGAAGCUCUUCUUGGCCUUUAUAGCCACGGUUCUUCUAGUCGCUGCCGUUAUCGGCAUUGCCACCGGAGUUCAAAACAAAAACUCCAACUCCGACAAUGAGACCCUCUCCGCCGCUCACGCUAUCGUGAAAAUCAUGCAGCUCCACCCNUACCCCGAGCUCUGCUUCUCCACCCUCGCCACCNCUGCCGCCACCACCAACGUCACCAGCUUCAAAGACGUGAUCGGGCUUUCCCUUAACAUCACCAUCACGGCGGUGGAGCACAACUUCUUCACCAUCAAGAAGCUGAUCAAGAAGCUCGUGAAGAGCCUCACCAAGCGCGAGAGGUGCGCCUUGCACGACUGCCUGGAGACAAUUGAUGAGACUCUCGAUGAGCUCCAUGAGGCGGUGAAGGAUCUGUUUCAGUACCCGAGCAUCAACAAGACUCUGACUGCUCAUGCCGACGAUCUCAAGACGUUGAUAAGCUCCGCCAUUACCAACCAGGAGACUUGUCUUGACGGAUUUUCUCACGCCGAGGCUGAUAAAAUAGUUCGGAAAUCGUUGGAGAAGGGUCAGAAAUAUGUAGAAAAGUUGUGCAGCAAUGCGCUGGCCAUGAUUAAAAACAUGACUGAUAACGACAUUGCAAACGAGAUGAAAGCAAUGUCCUCCACGACUAACCGGAAGCUAAAGGAGGAACGUUCAGAGGGAUGGCCGGAGUGGCUCUCCGCCGCAGAUAGACAUCUCUUGCAAUCCUCUACUGUCACACCGAAUGUGAUCGUGGCUGCCGACGGAAGCGGAAAUUACAAGACAGUAUCGGAGGCGGUCGCGGCCGCACCGUCAAAGAGUACCAGCAGAUACGUGAUCAGAAUCAAGGCCGGUGUGUAUAGAGAAAAUGUGGAUGUGCCAAAGGCCAAGACGAACAUAAUGUUUUUGGGCGAUGGGAGGACUACCACAAUUAUUACCGGAAGUAGAAAUGUGGUCGAUGGUGACACAACCUUCAAUUCCGCCACAGUGGCGGCGGUUGGUGCGGGAUUCUUAGCCCGAGACAUCACCUUCCAGAACACUGCAGGUCCCUCAAAGCACCAAGCAGUUGCUCUCCGUGUCGGUUCCGAUCUUUCGGCCUUCUACCGCUGUGACAUUCUUGCGUACCAAGACUCCCUCUACGUCCACUCCAACCGUCAGUUCUUCGAGGGCUGCUUCAUUGCGGGCACAGUCGAUUUCAUCUUUGGCAAUGCUGCAGUUGUGUUACAAAAUUGUGAUAUCCAUGCCCGAAAGCCCAACUCUGGCCAGAAGAACAUGCUCACAGCCCAAGGGAGAACCGACCCCAACCAGAACACCGGCAUUGUGAUCCAAAAAUCAAGGAUUGGUGCCACUUCUGACCUUCAAGCCGUGAAGGGUAGCUUUAAGACAUACCUGGGAAGGCCGUGGAAGGAGUACUCUAGGACUGUGAUUAUGCAAUCUUCCAUUACUGAUAUCAUCGACCCUGCUGGGUGGUACGAGUGGAGUGGGACUUUUGCCCUAGACACAUUGUUCUAUGCUGAGUAUGCUAACACUGGAGCUGGAGCUUCGACUUCAAACAGGGUGACGUGGAAGGGGUACAAGGUGAUCACAAGCGCCACAGAAGCUCAGGCUUUCACACCAGGGAAUUUUAUUGCUGGUGGAAGUUGGUUGAGUGCUACUGGUUUUCCAUUUACUCUUGGUCUGUAGAAUGUAGCUAGAUGAGUAAUAAUUCUUGUAACUUGUAAUUGUAGCUGUGUUAUCGAGUGAGUGUGUUGUUUCGGCCGUGAUCGCAGUGUCGAUCAAGAUACUGCUAUCUGUUGGUUAAUGAAUAAGAGCAUCUUAUUUUCAUGUAGUAUUCACCUAAUCCAUUUUCUAUCCAAAGAAAUUGUGCUCAACUUUGAACUGC